GAGCUUCUCUGGUUAAGAAGGGGAACGAAAGAUGGCGGCGGAAACGCUGCUGUCCAGCCUAUUGGGGCUGCUGCUUCUGGGGCUGUUGUUACCUGCAAGUCUGACCGGCGGUGUUGGGAGCUUGAACCUGGAGGAGCUGAGUGAAAUGCGUUAUGGAAUCGAGAUCCUGCCAUUGCCAGUCUUGGGAGGGCAGAACCAAGCUUCGGACGUGGUGAUCGUCUCCUCCAAGUACAAACAGCGCUACGAGUGUCGCCUGCCCGCUGGAGCUAUCCACUUCCAGCGGGAGAGGGAGGAGGAGACACCCGCGUACCAAGGGCCUGGGAUCCCGGAGCUGCUGAGCCCCAUGAGAGAUGCUCCCUGCCUGCUCAAGACCAAAGACUGGUGGACGUACGAGUUCUGUUAUGGACGCCACAUCCAGCAGUACCACAUGGAAGAUUCAGAGAUCAAAGGUGAAGUCCUGUAUCUCGGCUACUACCAAUCGGCCUUCGACUGGGAUGACGAAACAGCCAAGGCCUCCAAGCAGCAUCGCCUGAAACGCUACCACAGCCAGACCUAUGGCAACGGGUCCAAGUGCGACCUCAAUGGGAGGCCCCGGGAGGCUGAGGUUCGGUUCCUCUGUGAUGAUAGUGCAGGCAUUUCCGGGGACUACAUUGACCGCGUGGACGAGCCCCUGUCCUGCUCUUAUGUGCUGACCAUUCGGACCCCCCGGCUCUGCCCCCACCCUCUCCUCCGGCCCCCGCCCAGUGCUGCUCCGCAGGCUAUCCUCUGCCACCCUUCCCUGCAGCCCGAGGAGUACCUGGCCUACAUGCAGAGGCAAGACGACUCAAAGCAGGAUGAAAAUAAAGUCACAGAGGAGGUGCAAGACCUAGAGCCCCAAAUGUGGAGUGAGGCCAAGCCUGGGGCAGUACCCCCAAAGAGAGCAGGUGCGAGCCCAGCCAAGGACGACAGUAAGGAAGCUGAUUUCUGGAAGAUGCUUCACGAGCCAGAGGAGCAGGCCCCCAGAGGGGAGGAGGCAGAGGCGGAGGAGCAGGACCUGAAUCCGGAGGCAGCAGACGCGGCUCCAGGCCCUCCCAGCGAUUUUCAGAACAACGUGCAGGUCAAGGUCAUUCGGAGUCCUGCGGACUUGAUUCGCUUGAUAGAGGAGCUGAAAGGUGGAACGAAAAAGGGGAAGCCAAACACAGCCCAAGAGCAGCCUGACGAGGACGCCCCAGAAGGCGCUCAGAGGGAACCGGAGGGGAAGGACAAGGGUGAUGCGGACCCUCCGGGUGAGGUGGGAGAAGAGGACGACGGGGAUGAGGACGAGGACGAGGACGAGCGGCAGCUUCUGGGGGAGUUUGAGAAGGAGCUGGAAGGGAUCCUGCUCCCAUCCGACCGAGAGCGGCUCCGCGCCGAGGUGAAGGCAGGCAUGGAGCGGGAGCUGGACAGCAUCAUCCAGGAGACAGAGAAGGAGCUGGACCCUGAUGGGCUGAAGAAGGAGUCGGAGCGCGAUCGAGCCAUGCUGGCUCUGACGUCCACUCUCAGCAAGCUCAUCAAAAGGCUGGAGGAGAAGCAGAGCCCAGAGCUGCUGACGAAGCACAGGAGGAGGAAGGUGGUCGCCAGAAAGCCGCCCCCUUCGCCGCAGCCUGCAGAGGAGGAUCCUGAGCACAGAGUCCGGGUCCGGGUCACCAAGCUCCGUCACGGAGGCCCCAAUCGGGAUCUGACUGUCCUCGAGAUGAAACGGGAAAACCCGCAGCUGAAACAAAUCGAGGGGCUGGUGAAGGAGCUGCUGGAGAGGGAGGGACUCCCGGCGGAAGGGAAGAUCGAGAUCAAAAUCGUCCGGCCGGGGGCUGAAGGCGCGGAGGAGGACGCGCGCUGGCUGACCGACGAGGACACGAAAAACCUCAAGGAGAUUUUCUUCAACAUCUUGGUGCAGGGAGCAGAAGAGGCGCACAAAGAGCGGCAGCGGCAGAAGGAGCUGGAGAGCAACUACCGCCGGGUGUGGGGCUCCCGAGGCGGCGAGGGCACCGGGGACCUGGAUGAGUUCGACUUCUGAGACCGCCGCCGCAAGGCCCCCUGGGAAUCUGGAGCCUUCCCCUACCCCUGGGGCCCUUGAGGGCACAACAGCAGAGGGCGCCGAGCUGUGGACUUUGCGGGCCCCAGCUCAGGGCGUGGAGGGCUGUGGGCUGUGUGCUGCCCAUGGUCUUUGCCCUCCCAGACUUUCCCGGCAUCCCCUUCCUGUCCUUGGCCCUCCCUGGUAUGGGCCCUGAACUGCAGGGAGGCGCGCGCAGUGGGCUCAGCAGGCCCCUGCCCCACUGCCAGGGGGUUACUGUUCCCCCUCCCCCUGGGGGCCUCGGGAGGCUCCUCUCCCUUUCCUGGCCACACGGCCCCUCCCGCUGGCCCUUCCAAGGUGGGGAACCUUCACCUCUGUCGCCCGAAAGCGGAGAACGCUGCCCGUCUCCCCCAGCACAAUUCCAGCCAAGAAAAGGGUGGGCGCAGAACCACCAUGUUUUUUUGAACAAUCAGGUUUCUAAAUAAAGAACUGGACCAUCA